AUGAACGUCGGUGUUCGGCGGAGACAGCCAGUCUUUGGCAGUGGCAGCAGUGACGAUGACGACAACGACGAAGACGAUGAUGAUUCUAGAGAGCUCUGCCCAUCAUCGCAGCUGCUGGCGGGUGUAACCGGUGUUGCGUAUCCUCCCCGAGAUGAUGACGACGACGACCCGCUGCUGUUACCGCAGCCUGGGCGGCCUGUUGCCGAUUUCGCGGCUCUGGCCAUGUCUGUGAUGGCAUCCUCGAGGAUGUCCGGGGCAGUCAAGGGCAUGAUGCGGUAG